GCGGUUCGCUCUGGGCAAGUGGCAAAGUAACGAGGAAUUCCUUGGCACACGGAGGCAUGUAUUCACAGGGCUGGUAGUGACUUCGGAGUAAAGGGAAGGAUCGCUUUGGACUGCAGUGGCAGUAUCGUUGGCUGGUGUCGUCAAUCAACCUUGGCCUGCAGCUACCACACGCGAACGUUACUUACACGGGUUUCCUCUUGGCUAGCACGAAGACUUUCGAUAUCCCAUGACUAUGUGCUAUUCACGGCGACAGUAUAACCGUCACCCUAUUGCUAGCGCUCAUUCGCUACAUAUCACAUAGAGCAGCACUCCAACAACAGUUAUCAUGGCAGAAGCGUCGGCCAAUAUUUCCAAUGAGCCAACAUGCCAAGCCAGUGAAAGUCCAGCAAACCCAGAGCAACCAGAAGAAGCGAACCAACCCGAAAAACACGGGGCACGCUCAUUGGAUAAUGAAGAAGCAGCUCUGCCUGGGAAACAGAAGAUAGAUAAACUGCCCCUACCUCCAGAAUUCCGCUCCCUCCUCAAGUACGAUACUACGAGUGAAUUCAUCUUCAUCGACUACUACGACCUAGAAGCGUACGUCAUCAUAUCCCGCAACAGCCACGACUGCACUUUACCGGCGACACAGAGCACCACCAACAACAACAACAACAACAACAACGACAACAACGACAACAACGACGACAACAACAGCAGCAGCACAGUAAAAGACGAAACGACUACUACCGAGGAGAAGGAGGAUGAGCCCAUGAUCGUCGUAGACCUAACCGUACUCGACCACCAGCACGGCUACGGCACCCAUCUCGAUAUUUUCCCCUACAUCUUCGUCUACCUGCACUCCGAGCACGUGCGCUUCAGCCUCAAAGCCGCGCGGAACGACGACAUGCUGCUAUGCGUGGAUUUCAUGAACAGCGUCGUGAUGCCAAACUAG